AUGGAGUGUGUUGGAGCUCGGAAUUUCGCUACAAUGGCGGUCUCGGCUUUUCCGUCAUGGAGCUCCCGUAGGAAAUUUCCGGCGGUUAAGAGAUACAGCGUAAGGAGUUUCCGGUGCGGUUUGUGUAGAGUCAGAGCUAGCGGCGGAGCAGGUUCCGGUAGCGAGAGCUGCGUGGCGGUGAGAGAGGAUUUCGCCGACGAAGAGGAUUUCGUGAAGGCCGGUGGCUCCGAGAUUCUGUUCGUUCAAAUGCAGCAGAACAAAGACAUGGAUGAACAGUCUAAGCUUGUUGAUAAGUUACCUCCGAUAUCAGUCGGUGAUGGUGCUUUGGAUUUAGUGGUUAUUGGUUGUGGUCCUGCUGGUUUAGCCUUGGCUGCAGAAUCAGCUAAGCUUGGACUAAAAGUUGGACUCAUUGGACCUGAUCUUCCUUUCACAAACAAUUACGGUGUUUGGGAAGAUGAAUUCAACGAUCUUGGAUUGCAAAAAUGUAUUGAGCAUGUGUGGAGAAAUACUAUUGUGUAUCUUGACGAUGACGAUCCCAUUUCGAUUGGCCGAGCUUAUGGACGAGUUAGUAGACGUUUACUUCACGAGGAGCUCUUGAGGAGGUGUGUCGAGUCAGGUGUCUCGUAUCUUAGCUCAAAAGUUGAUAGCAUAACAGAAGCUUCUGAUGGCCUUAGACUUGUUGCUUGUGGAGACAAUAUAGUGAUUCCGUGCAGGCUUGCUACUGUUGCUUCUGGAGCAGCUUCAGGGAAGCUCUUGCAAUACGAAGUUGGGGGACCUAGAGUUUGUGUCCAGACUGCAUACGGCGUGGAGGUUGAGGUGGAGAAUAGUCCAUAUGAUCCAGACCAGAUGGUUUUCAUGGACUACAGAGAUUAUACAAACGAGAAAGUUCGUAGCGUAGAAGCUGAGUAUCCAACUUUUCUGUACGCCAUGCCUAUGACCAAGACAAGAGUGUUCUUUGAGGAGACGUGUUUGGCCUCUAAAGAUGUGAUGCCGUUUGAUUUGCUUAAAAAUAAGCUCAUGUUAAGAUUAGAUACACUCGGGAUUCGAGUUCUAAAGACUUACGAAGAGGAAUGGUCUUAUAUCCCUGUUGGUGGUUCUUUGCCAGACACCGAACAAAAGAAUCUCGCCUUUGGUGCUGCCGCUAGCAUGGUACAUCCUGCAACAGGCUAUUCGGUUGUGAGAUCUUUGUCUGAAGCUCCAAAAUACGCUUCAGUGAUUGCAGAUAUACUAAAACAAGACACUACUUCCUUCACUAAACACAUCAACAGUAAUAUUUCAAGACAAGCUUGGGAUACUUUAUGGCCACCAGAGAGGAAACGGCAAAGAGCAUUCUUUCUCUUUGGUCUUGCGCUCAUAGUUCAACUUGAUAUCGAAGGCAUUAGGAGCUUCUUCCACACUUUCUUCCGCCUUCCAAAAUGGAUGUGGCGAGGGUUUUUAGGAUCGACAUUAACAUCAGGAGAUCUCGUUCUCUUUGCUUUCUACAUGUUCGUCAUUGCACCAAACAAUCUGAGGAAAGGUCUCAUUAAUCAUCUCGUCUCUGAUCCAACCGGAGCAACCAUGAUCCGAACCUAUCUCAGACUAUGA